AUGCCCGGCCAAAAAGAUCAGCUUCGGACCUGGUGGAAGGAGAGCUCCGUCUACCAAAUCUACCCGGCGUCCUUUCAGGACUCCAAUGGAGACGGUAUCGGAGACCUCAAAGGUAUCAUUUCGCGAGUAGACUACCUCAAGGAGCUCGGUGUCGACAUUGUAUGGCUGUCUCCCAUCUUCAAGAGCCCACAGAUUGACAUGGGCUACGAUGUUAGCGACUACCGCGACAUUCACCCGCCGUAUGGUGACCUUUCCGACCUUGACGCCCUCCGAGACAAGCUCCACGAGCGGGGCAUGAAGCUCGUCCUUGACCUGGUCAUGAACCACACCAGCGACCAGCACGAGUGGUUCCGGGAGUCGCGCAAGUCUAAAGACAACCCGUACCGCGACUGGUACAUCUGGCGCCCGCCACGAUACGACGCCCAAGGUAACCGACAGCCGCCCAACAACUGGGAGAGUCAUUUCCAAGGGAGCGCCUGGGAGUAUGACGAGGCCACCGACGAGUACUACCUGCGCCUCUUCGCCCUCGAGCAGCCCGACCUCAACUGGGAGAACCCGGCCGUGCGCCGGGCGUGCCACGACGUGACGCGCUUCUGGCUCGACCGCGGCGCCGACGGCUUCCGCAUCGACGUCAUCAACUUCAUCAGCAAGGACCAGCGCUUCCCAAACUCGGACCGGGCGUUCCUCAAGGGCGCCGAGUACUACGCCUGCGGUCCGCGCCUCCACGAGUACCUCCAGGAGCUGGGCGCCAUCCUUAAGGAGUACGACGCCUUUAGCGUUGGCGAGAUGCCUUGCGUCAACGACGAAAGGGAGCUCAUCAAAGCGGUCGGUGCCGACCGCGGCGAACUGAGCAUGAUAUUCCACUUUGAGUUUAUGGAUCUUGAUCACGGCGUCGAGGGCAAAUUUUCGCCCAAGGAAACCUCGCUCGACGAGGUCCGGAAGACGGCCAACAAGUGGCAGCGCUUCAUGUACGACAACAACGGCUGGAACGCCCUGUACCUGGAGAACCACGACCAGCCGCGCGCCAUCAGUCGCUUUGCCAGCGACGCCCCCGAGCACCGCGUGGCCAGCGCCAAGCUGAUUGCCGCGUUCAUGGCGUUCCAGGCUGGCACACCGUUUGUCUACCAGGGACAGGAGAUUGGCAUGACCAACGUGCCCAAGGACUGGACGAUGGAGGAAUACCAGGACAUCGACUGCCUCAACCACUGGAACCUUCGCAAGGACUCGGCCGACGAAGCCACCAAGGCGGCCCUCAAGGUCGAGUACCAGAAGAAGUCUCGCGACAACGCCCGCACGCCCAUGCAGUGGGACGACACUGCCCACGGCGGCUUCACCCCGGCCGACGCCCGGCCGUGGAUGCGCGUCAACGACAACUACCCGCAGAUCAACGCCGCCGCGCAGGUGCGCGACCCGGACUCGGUCUACGCCGCGUACCGGGAGGUGCUGCGCCAGCGCAAAGCGCGCAAGGACAUCUUCGUGUACGGCGACUUUGCGGCGGUCAACGUCGAGGCGCACGACGACAAGGUGCUGGCGUACACGCGCACCGCGGCCAACGGCGACGCGGCGCUCGUUGUAUGCAACUUCUCAGCCGAGGCCGUGAGUUGGGCGUUCGAGGGCACGGGCGCGCCGCCGCGCGAGGUGAUCUUCUCGCCGACGGGAAAGACGAUGGCGGACGUCGCCGGUAAUAACGUCGAGCUCGGCCCGUACGAGGCGAUUACGCUGCUGCUGUGA